AUGGCGCGAAUCACGGGAUCGCGCAUAACCCGAAGCCAGAGCCGCCAAGCCAGCAGUGAGCUGAGCAACCAGAUCGGCCGUUCAGGAGCACUAGGUUCGAAACACCUAAACGAGCUGCCUGAGGAGCAAUCUCCUCCCCCAGGAGGGAAUGGAUCCACUCAAGUGAUACCCGAGUCGCCAGAAAAUCAUGAAGGUUAUACCAAUGUGUCUGGCACGACACUGGCGCCGAAUGACGCCGACGCCGUCGAGUAUCAACUGGGGACGAAGAUCACAAACCACCUCCCCUUCAUCCAAGAGCAAGCGACCCUAGUGAUGAAUCUCUUGGUUCCCCAGAACCUGAACCCCGAGAGUAUUCCAGUCGAGGCCAGAAAGCUUCGUGAUGCUGGUCACCCCAACACCAAACGCUUGGAUCGGUCAACCAAGGGCUUGACUGAUGAACUGCAAGAUUCGCCUCUCUCCUCUGACGGCAAGCCCUUCUUGGACACCACUCGCCUCCGCGGCUUGAUACCUCCUGCUCAGUUUGAUGCGUCCAUCUCUGAUGUGCACAUGACGAACUGUGCCAUGCUGGCCCUGGUAAUGUUUUCUCGAAACGGCGAGGACUCUCAGCCACAGGUCAUCCAGGAUCUCGACGAGCUGUUUCCCAUGUUACUCAUGGAGAAGAUCUCGACCACCCCCAAGUCCCGGGCAAUCGGCGCGAGCCAUACCCAGGAAGAGACAUUCAUGCUUGCGCUGAACAUCCGAACCCAAUUUUUCAUCAUGGAGCUUGAAAGACGUCAGCGUGAGUCCGAUUUCAACCCGGUAGCCAUCUUGCGCCAAAUUUUCUGCAUGGACAUCACUCCCAGCGACGCUAGCCUCGAUGAGAAUCCCAGCUCUUUCCGAGGGUUCCACUUGCCUCAUGUUUUUGAAGACUCUGACGGCCAUCUUCCCGACAAUCUCCCCGAGAAGCUGCUCAUAGCUGUCAGCGACCGCUUCAAUGAUCUCCAUGAAGAAGUCUCCGACUGGGACGAAGUGGAUGUGGAUGGACUCAAAAAGGCAUACAGAUGGCGCGCGUUUGAACGUGAACUUGCUCGAUGGAUCCAUGUGCGCAGCCGCGAGAUCAGAGAGGAUAUUCGCCGGAUUUCGGACAAAGCCAAUGAUCGAUCAUCUUCGGUUCGGCGCUUUACUCCAGCCCUGGCGACAACCCCCAUCCCACGCCAGACUCCAAAGGCGGCUCAUCUUCAGGCCACUCCGUCCUCCCAGAAGUCUCGUCACACGAGCAUGUCUCAUGGAGUGGAUGAAACACCGGAGGGUGACUCCCACGUAUCUGUAGCAUCGCCUCUUCUCGUGCCAUCGCCCCAAAAGGCACCAGUUGCUGAAACGCGUGUGUCUGUUACAUCGCCCGCUGUCGCCACAUCGGCCCAGCAGGUUCCUGCGCCAGCUUCCAAUGACCAAGCCAAAAAGCCUGCCCAAAAUGAUCCGGCUCGACGCCAAUCUAAGAGCAACUAUCGAGAUAGCGUCUCAUUUGCCAGAUUGAAGAGACGUAUGGAGAGCAGCCACCAACAGUCCAACUCUGGCGCCACUUCACGCCCUCAGACGCAUACGAGCGAUGAGAAUACACUCAUAAACACCGCAAGUGAAGGAACCAGCGCUAUUGGUCCAGCUCUACGCGUACCCUCCGAGACUCACGAGCUUCACGAAUAUUCGGCAGAUAUGGGUGGUGAAGACGACUUUACAUAUGUCAACCAUGAUGAGGACGAUGAUGACCUCGACUACGCCGGUCCGGGUGAUGUUCUGGCAUCGACAAGCCCCUCGGCCUCCGCCAGAAUCAACAGAGUCAGCCAUAACCCUCACCAAUCCCUCAACACCAAGGACCGUCGAGAUGCGCAACGUUUGCAUGAGGAGAACCCCGCGAGCAGCAGCGAGUCUAUCACUGCGCGGCGCCUCUUCAUUGACAAACAGAAUGACCCCCGAAGAGUUUCGCCAAUUGACGACAACGAUACUGAAAGCCCAAACCAGCGCCACGCUAUCCCUUCCCACGCCAACAACAGAAAGCGACAGAUCUCCCAAGCCCCAAGCGACGACUCCGAUGACUUCGAACAAGACACCCGCGAUCUCAGCCGCCGACCCGAAAAGCGCCAGCGCUUCCUUCUCGCUCGCGACGAAGAAAGAUCGCGACAAGAGGGUGUAUCAUUCCUCAACAGCCUCGGCCCCGCGAGCCAGGACCAGCCAAACCCCUCGCAGGUUCCCAGUACUCAACCCCAACGCCGAAGCUCAGAGCUCACUGAUGGAGAGACCACCACCGUCCGACAGCUCCCCUUCACCGUGCAGCCCGAAAAAUCCGCCGCCGAAGCCGAGCACUGGGCGACGCUCAACACCGAGGCCCAUUCCGAGAAUAUUGGGCGCAAGCCCAACCAGCGUUGGACAGCAGCGGAAGAUGAACGUUUCAUAGGCCUCAUGGCCACUUUCGGACUACGCUACGCCGUGAUCAAGAAGGAGGAUAAUGCUUUCCCGCCCGAUGCAGGUGGUCCUCGCCUUGCCAAUCGUAAUCAGGUUCAACUGAAGGACCGGGCGCGUACUCUCAAGAGAAAGUAUAUCAGGGAGGGAGUGCAAGUCCCGGAAUACUUGGCUGCUAUUAACGCUUAA